UUGCUCUUUGAAGCAGCUCAGAUACCCAGUUAUUUUCUUUAUUUCACUAUAAAGGCGAGUGGGCGGAUGUAACAUAGAGGGUGAGAAAGAAGCAGAAGGAAAGGGGGGUGGCUAAGAGAGACAGAGAGAGACAUAGAAAGGCAAAGAGAUCAGAGCAUACUCUGGCUUGGCUAUGAUCAGACCGACUGCCUUGCUGUAAAGUAAAUGUGACAGGGGAGCAAGACGGAUUUGACCAUACAAAGGUACUUCAGCUGGGAGGAAACAACUGUUUUCACCUGAUAUGGAAUACAAGAUUGUUCAGACGGAAACAGGUUUUUUGCUGAAGAAAUCAACUUGAAAAUACCAAGAGAUUUUUCUUUUUUUUCUCGUGAUUGUCAUUCUGGCCCCUGCUGACACAGCACGUAGGACGCUGAAGACAUUUGGGAAUUGUUGGGGGCAAACAAACUAGAAAGACAGACAGAAAGGGAAUGAUUGGCAGCUAUGGCCAAAGAAGAAUUCUGAGUGUUUUCUGAAUAUUAUUCCAUCUGCUGGCUCUGCUACUGCCCGGCUGCAUAUUAAUGUUUCAGCGGGUACCAGGCCAAAUUACAUAAAGAUUGAAGUUUAAAACAUUUUCAUAAAGACAAAUUUGUUUCACUUUAGCAUGUUUGUUUUCGUAUCAAGUUGUCCAAAGUGACACCUCUCUAUCGUAGAAUCAAUCAGAGAUAUUCGACCAAACAUCCCAGGUUCAGUUAUGCACCUCAGGUCAGUCACCUUCGACCUCCCCAUACUGUUGGGUGUGCUCCUGUUGUGGGGGCCCAUGGAGUCUCGGGGCCAGAAUGACACAGAGCCCAUUAUCCUUGAGGGAAAAUGCUUGGUCGUGUGUGACUCCACUCCUUCAUCCGAGCCCGCUGGUAAUGCCCUGGGCAUGUCGGUCCGCUCUGGCUCAGGCCGGGUGGCCUUCUCCGCCAGCCGUCAGACCAACCAUGAGCCCACGGACAUGAGCAACCGCACCAUGAUCAUCUACUUUGAUAAUAUUUUGGUGAAUGUUGGCACCCACUUUGACCAAGAGAGCAGUGUCUUCCUGGCACCAAGAAGAGGCGUGUACAGCUUCAACUUCCAUGUCGUAAAGGCUUACAAUAGACAAACUAUUCAGGUCAGCUUGAUGUUAAACGGCUGGCCAAUGAUUUCAGCUUUUGCCGGGGACCAGGACGUGACCAGAGAAGCUGCCACUAAUGCCGGCCUUGUGAUUAUGGAGAAGGGGGACAAGGCCUACCUCAGACUGGAGAGAGGCAACCUGAUGGGAGGCUGGAAGUACUCCACCUUCUCUGGGUUCCUGGUCUUCCCCCUGUGACAGAGAUGUUUGAGGUGUUGGGAGGGUGACAGAAGGAGAAUAGACAGAGAGAUUGAACAGAGGUGGGAGAAAAACAAGGCUUUAGUCUGUAACUCUUUAAUUAAACAGUGCACGAAAGGAUGUGUUUUAUGCAAAAAUGAUAUGAAGAUUGUGCAAAUUAAGAGCAUUCUCACUAGAGACCAAAAGAAUAGGAGGGGGGGAAUUCAUGAUUUAUGUGUGGAUUUUACUUGCUCUGUUUCUGUGAAUAAAUAUUUGUUGGGUUUGUAUAAAAGAUACUAUAAUUGUGACAAAGUUAUGAAAUAGCCAUGUGCAAUGUGGGCUUCUGUGCUAAGAUUGUUUUUUUCAUUCAAGGUGUUAAAAACAUAGCUGUGCUUCACAUGGCAUCCUGUCUAGCUAACAAAACUUGCCAAACUUGCCCUUUACUCUGCUGUGUGGUAUGACUGAUGCUCCUCUAUAUGCCUGUAAGUCUCCUGCAACAAAUCUUUAUUUACACAGAAAUUUCUAAU